AUGGAUUACCAUGGAUCGACAAGCGUUUUCAGGGCACUCCCAAAUGAGGAUGCACGGCGUGGUACAAAGCGCAACCGCCAAACUAUAUCCUGUACAAGGUGUCGAGCACGCAAGAUCAAAUGUGACCGCCAGAACCCCUGCAUUUCGUGUAUCCGCAGGGGUCACCCGGAGGAAUGCGAAUUUUCCAAACACAGAAGACGCAAAGUCUCGGAUGGCAGCCUCGAGACGGCCUCUCAGAAGUUAGAAAGACUAGAGAAGCUGGCUUACUCUAUGGCUGGCUGCUCGGAGCCCUCAACGAGUGCAAAUAUCGGAAUACCUCCCCCAGCACCUGAGGAGCGAGAUAUUAAUUCAUUCACAAAGCUUGUCGGCGCUCCUCCAACCCCUUUUUCUCCGGCAAGUCACACUAAAAAUGACGAUUUGAGCAAGUACCUCGGCGCAACGCAUUGGAAAGAACUCAUUCAAAGGAUCAAAAAGGUAGAAGAUUCUCUCGGCCUUGGGGUAAGCCAAGCCCCAGAGCCUGAAUGGGAAGAAAUGAAUAGCGAAGGACCCAGCAUGAUUUUAACUGCCCAGGUCAAGCCGUUGUCGCUGCGGGGGGCUCUGGAUGUGCUGCCAUCAUGGCAGACAACUGAGCGUCUCUUGGCUAUCUAUUUCAGCAAGAAACUGAUGGCGGCUCCAUACAUUCACACGAUAAAGUUCGAGCGUGAACUCAAGGCCUUGUCUUCUGAACCCUCGUCGACUUCUUUUCUAUGGCUCAGUAUACUCUUUUCUAUCCUCUUUAUAGCUUGGAAAACAACCUCGGACGGUUCAAAUGUACCCGAUCUCUUGUCAUCCGACAGACACCCAUCUCAAUUCCUGAAAAGAGCUGCGCAAUGUUUAAUUUCAGGAGACUACUUGAAAAUACAGCCAUACAGCAUCGAGUCGCUUUUGAUGUACUGUUCUGCUUGUACCAUGCAAACUGGCGAUGUCAAUCCUGGGAUUUGGUCUUUAUUCAGUCUCGCUACAAGACAGGCGCAGCGAAUGGGAUAUCAUCGAGAUCCACGACGUCUAAGCCGUACAAUGUCUCCGUUCGAUGCUGAGAUGCGCCGUCGAGUAUGGUAUUGGAUUGAAGGAUGUGAUGUACUCUAUUCUUAUCAACUGGGAAUGCCUUGUAUCAUUCACGAAGAUGAAUGCGAUACAGAUAUGCCGAGCAGUGUGGACGAUGAAGCUUUGAGUGAGGACUGUCCUAUUCUGCCUGCGACUGUCCCAGGUGUACUACCAGGCAAAAUGGAGUUUUAUCACCAUAAAGCAGCUCAAACUCGUUUAUUCCGACGCGUCACUCGUCUAGUGCUGUCCACAGGGCCCCCGGACCAUGAUGCGAUCCAGCAAGUGGACCGAGACCUCCGCACACUUCGCCAGAACGUUCCCAACAACCUCAAGUGGAGGCCUAUCACUAGCACAAACUUUUCAGAUCCCAGCUAUGUGAUCAUGUUUCGCGUCAUGAUAGAGCAAUUCCAUCUGCGAUGUGUUUGUAUUCUCCAUCGCAUAUAUCUGACAUUUCAGCGGGAGAACCCUCAAUAUGACCUACAGAGAGCAGUUUGUGUUGCAGCAGCCAUGGAACUUCUUGAUCAACAGGCCUGUGUUGAGUCAGAGCGCCAGCCCUUCGGACGCCUGCAGCACGAAGACUACAUGCUUGCCGGACUUACAAAACACACGUUCUUGUUCGCUGCUAUGGUGAUCUGUUUGGAACUAUCACUUUCGAGUCCAACUACGACGAACGCAUCUGAUCGUCAAGCCAAAAUCCGGGCGCUUGAGAUUUCGCAUCAUAUCUACAGUUCCAGCAAAGAUGCCCGCGAUCAUGGCCACGCCGCGAAUGUUCUGGGGGCGAUCCUCGCCCAGACAAAGCGCCGCGAAAGCCCAAAUAGAGUGAUCUCUGCCAAACAUGAAACAGAGAUGCCUGGUUCCUCGAUUUCAGCCCAUACCAGUCUGCUGAUGAAUAACCCCCCAUCAUCUGAAAAUGACGACGGAAUUAUUACGAGCAACACCUCGGGGUCUGAUAUUGGAAGUCAAAACUUUCAAGGCUAUCUUCAACCCCUGGAGAACCUUUUGAACAUGCCGCUAGAAGAAGGAAGUAUGGAUUGGAAUUUGAUAAAUCAAUAUCUCUUCUAUCCAGAAGAGGAAGGUCCUUCGGAUAGUGGCACAUGUUAA